AUGGAGGCGAAUGCUGCAACGAAGUUCACGAUACACGUUCCAGACGAAGACCUGGCAGAUCUGAAGGCUCGGCUCUCGAGAGCCAGGAUCGUGCCCGAUGAGAUCGUUGAUCGCGGAUCCGAUCCAAAUGGCGCGUGGGCUUACGGUACCGACCGAACGGUGUUGCAGGAAUACGUGUCGCACUGGCUCCAUAAAUAUGAUUGGCGCCAGAAGGAGGCAGAGCUCAAUGCGUUACCACAUUUCAAGAUGCAAGUCCACGGUCUGCAGACGCACUUCAUACACCAAAGAUCUAGGAGCGCCGAUGCGAUUCCACUGCUGCUCGUACAUGGUUGGCCGGGUUCCGUAGUAGAGUUUCUAAAGCUCCUGCCGCUGCUGGCCGACAAGUUCCACGUUGUUGCCCCGAGCAUCCCGGGCUAUGGCUGGAGCGAGGCACCCAAGCGCCGCGGCGCAGAUGCUGUCUUUAUGGCCGACCACAUGGCGGAGCUCAUGCGAUUGCUGGGAUACAGCAGUUAUGUUGCACAGGGCGGUGACUGGGGCGCUGUCAUCACCAGCUUGGUAGCACAGCGACACCCGCAGAAGUGUGUAGCGCUCCACAUUAACAUGUGCGUCGCUAUUCCUGGUGAUUGGUAUGACAUGUUCAAAGCUGUGCUGGGACUGCCUUUCUGGACCCGAGCAGAAUGGGCUGGACUGAGAAGCACCAUGUAUUUCCAAAAAUAUGAAACGGCAUACCAGAAAAUUCACGGCACAAAGCCGCAGAGCCUUGGAUACGGGCUCAACGACAGUCCUGUGGGUCUUCUGGCCUGGAUCUUGGAGAAAUUUCAAAGCUGGAGCGACAGCCGUGGAGGCCGCCCAGAAGCAAGUGGCCUAACGAUGGAUGAGAUCCUGACAAAUGUCAUGGUGUAUUGGACGACACAGAGCAUUACCUCAAGCCUCCGUCUCUACUAUGAAACCUUGUCUAUUCACCCACCACCUAAGGGGGAGGGCUCACGAGGCUCACAUCGUUUGAGGGGAAUCCGGGUGGCUGUGCCGACGGCGGUGCUGUGGGCUCACACUGACCUGUUCAAGUUUCCGAGAAAUGUGGCAGCCCUGUGCUACAAUAUCCGUCAAUGGAGCACACCUUCCAAGGGAGGGCACUUCUUUGCUUUUGAGCAACCUGAGAUCCUGGCGGCUGACAUCCAGAAGUUUUUCUGCCAAACUCUAGACUUUCAGCAGUGCAGGCAGCACGCAUCAGUGCCCGGCGAAGCUGUGCGUCCCGGCAAAUACCUUCUCCUUUGUCUGCUAGCAGCAGCUGCUGUGGGUACCGCGCGUACCUUGCGGCAUCGGCUAUGA